UAGCGCUGCCACCUUCACCAUGGUGCUGAGCGGGAUGUGAGUCUGGGAUCAGAGUACACCUUGCACAUAAUAGGAUCCCGGGAUGAAGCCUUGAUGAGUCUGCUUGGGGUUGUUCUCCCGGAUCCAUCGCUGUCUUAUAUUUCCAGGAGAUAGGGAAUGCUAUCUGCACCUCUGCAUCAAUGUUUCACUGGAACAAGUGGAAGAAGAGGAUGGGGGCUAACAUCUCCUCCAAAAGACCAGUGUUUGAUGAGAAGGAGGAUGUGAACUUGGAUCAUUUUCAGAUUCUCCGGGCAAUUGGCAAGGGAAGCUUUGGCAAGGUCUGCAUUGUUCAGAAAAAAGACACCGAGACAAUGUACGCCAUGAAGUACAUGAAUAAACAGCAGUGCAUCGAGCGGGACGAAGUACGCAACGUGUUCCGGGAGUUGGAGAUCCUGCAGGAAAUUGAACAUGUCUUUUUAGUUAAUCUUUGGUAUUCCUUCCAGGAUGAAGAGGACAUGUUUAUGGUUGUAGACUUACUCUUGGGUGGAGAUCUUCGAUAUCAUCUACAGCAAAAUGUCCAGUUUACAGAGGAGACAGCUAAGCUGUACAUAUGUGAAAUGGCUCUAGCUUUAGACUACUUAAGAAGUCAACAUAUAAUUCAUCGAGAUGUAAAGCCAGACAACAUCCUCCUUGAUGAACAAGGCCAUGCUCAUCUAACGGACUUCAAUGUGGCGACCAUAAUCAAAGAUGGUGAAAGAGCUACUGCAUUAGCUGGAACCAAACCAUACAUGGCUCCAGAAAUAUUUCAGUCUUUUGUUAAUGGAGGAACUGGCUACUCAUUUGAGGUGGACUGGUGGUCAUUAGGGAUAAUGGCCUUUGAGUUACUCCGAGGAUGGCGACCAUAUGACAUCCAUUCAAACAGUUCAGUGGAAUCUCUGGUCCAGUUGUUUAGCACAAUCACUGUCCAGUACUCGUCAGUCUGGUCGAAGGACAUGAUUGCACUGUUACGGAAGCUAUUGACGGUGAACCCUGAACAUCGCUGCUCUUGCCUUCUGGAUAUUCAGACAUCAACAUAUUUAUCAGAAGUUGUCUUGGAAGAUAUACUGGAGAAGAAAGUGGAACCAGGUUUUGUUCCAAAUAAAGGUCGACUGCACUGUGAUCCCACGUUUGAACUAGAAGAGAUGAUCUUAGAAUCAAGACCACUCCAUAAAAAGAAGAAAAGGCUGGCCAAGAACAAGUCCAGGGAUAACAGUAAAGACGGUUCGCAGUCUGACGACUACCUCCAGGAAUGUCUAGAUGGCCUUCAACAAGAAUUUGUAAUUUUUAAUCGUGAAAAGCUAAAGAAGACUGCAGAUAUGGGAUCCCGAUCAGGAAUGGAAUCUACAGAUGAGGCAGAAGCAGAAGGUGCAGCAGAGCCGGACAUAGAAAAUGAAGCAGAAAGUUCCACCCUCAACAUGUGCAGCUCAGUUUGCUCCUCAACGGGCCGCAUCCACUAGUGACAUGUGCUGAGAUCGUGACCAUGACAAUGUUGGUUUCGUGUUGCAUAUGUGAACUUUUUUGAAGCAGAAACACAUGGUGCAGCCAAAUACAGCUGAACUACUAGAUCAGUGGAUAAGGUGCACUUAGCUAGUACUGAUUUCUAUAUAGUGCAGCUCCUGGUUGCUUGUUUCACUCAGAACUUUAAUAUUAAUGGCUCCAUUUAGAAAGGUGACCACAUUAUAACUUGGAGAUGUUUAGAAAUGGCUUUGGUACAACUAAAGAUGCCUUUUUAAUAGAUC